CAAAGGCUUGUAUUUUAGUUUUACAGAGCUCAAGGACAUAGCAGCUGCCAUGGAAGAAGGGUUUGGUGAAGCAAAUUGGAGCACAGAUAGGGUUCAUUCAUUGAGCAGAAGGUCAGAAUCUGCUCAAGUCAUCCCCAUCACAACAAGUAAUCCCACAAGUGAAGAAGAUGGUGCUGAUUAUAUUGCAUCAUCAGCUGCAGAUUGGGGAGGUGGAGAGCUCAAUCCACAGGAUGCUUGGCUUCCCCUCACAGAGUCCAGGAAUGGGAAUACCAUUUCUGCUACCUUUCAUUUGCUCUGCUCAGGAAUUGGAAUCCAAGCCCUUUUACUGCCUGUUGCUCUUGCCACUCUUGGAUGGGCAUGGGGAAUCAUAUGCUUGUCACUGGCAUUUUCAUGGCAGCUAUACACCAUAUGGCUACUCGUACAUCUACACGAAUCCAACUCCAGAACUCGGUAUAGCAGAUACCUCGACCUCGCAAUGAUAGCCUUUGGUCAAAAGCUAGGGAAGCUUUCAUCUCUAGUCCCAGUAAUGUAUCUGUCAGCUGGUACAUGUGUGCAGCUAAUUAUCAUAGGAGGUGGAACCCUAAAGCUUUUCAUCACAACUGUGUGCAAGGAUGGAGCAACUUGUGAUGCCAAGUCAUUGACCACUGUAGAAUGUUUCUUGGUGUUCAUGAUCAUGGCUGUUGUUGUGGCUCAAUUUCCCAACUUGAACUCCCUAGCUUGGGUUUCUUUGAUUGGCUCCAUCACAGCAAUUGCAUAUUGUACUAUGAUUUGGGCCCUUUCAAUUGGCAAGGGCAGGUCCGGUGACAUUUCAUAUGACCCUCCAGAGAUGGAGUCUAAUAUGGACAGAUUUGGGGGGAUUUUGAAUUCUCUUGGUAUCAUUGUUCUUGCAUUCAGAGGCCACAAUGUUAUCCUUGAGAUACAGGGGACAUUACCAUUAAGUGCAAAGCACCCAACCCACAAGCCAAUGUGGAGAGGAGUGGCCAUAUCAUAUCUACUCAUAGCCAUGUGUUUGUUUCCUCUGGCCAUAGCUGGAUUUUGGGCUUAUGGAAACAAGGUACCCUCAUCAAAUGGAGGGCUUUUGAUCGCGAUUUCGAAGUUCCACGGGCAUGACACACCAAGAAUUGUGCUGGGACUAAUGUUCAUACUUGUGAUCAUAAACUGCCUAAGUACAUUCCAAAUCUACGGCAUGGUGAUUUUCGACAAACUAGAGUCGAACUACACUAGCAAGAAGAAGAAGCCAUGUGCAAGGUGGCUUCGAAUGGCUUUUCGCGUGUUCUUUGGAGGGAUUGCAUUCUUUGUAGCAGUGGCUUUUCCAUUCUUGGGAAGCUUGGCACCCCUAAUUGGAGGGUUGACAUUGCCUCUGGCAUAUGCUUAUCCAUGCUUCAUGUGGAUUGCAAUCAAGAAACCAAAGCCAAAAGGUGUCAUGUGGUGUGCCAACAUGGGACUCGGAUGCUUAGGCCUGGUUUUGAGUGCUCUUUUAGUUGUUGCAGCAGCAUGGAACUUGGCUAGCAAAGGCCUGCAUGCCAACUUCUUCAAACCUUAAUUAGUUGUAUUUUUCAUAGAAACGAAAAAAAACAUGUAUAUUUAAAUUAAGCUAGUUAAGUGACAAGUACUUGUUAAACUUUUGUUAGAUUCAGUAAACAUCAGCUGGUAGAUUUGUUAACUGAGCGGUAAAUUCACGGAGGUGCCUGUGGAUGCUAGCGGUGCUCAGCUCUAGAAACUUUUGAUGUCACGAAAACAAGGCGAAAGCCGAUACAAAUUGCCAUAUGAUAGUGAAGCUGAGGUGACUGGAGCAAGGGAUGCAGUU